AUGGCAGCUACGAUCCUCUUACCAACGCAAUAUGGCGUCCCGGAACCAUUCCCUACUCUGAGCAGGCCUAAUUCUCCAACGAAUCCUCGUCAAAAAAGCAUCGAUAACAAUCGCAGUCGCCGAGAAUCCUCAACUUCGACACUUCAGGGCCGUCGGCGAAGUGCCUCUCAGACCUUCAUGGAAUCUAGUCCACCUGCUGGUUUUAUGAUCGCAAGUUCCAAAAUAGCAUCAUCACUUCCAUCCCCAGCAGAGGUCAGGAGAGGCAGCUACGGAAGUGAGGGUUGGUUUGGUGAAAGGCAGAUUGUGGAGCAGCAGAGGCGUGGAAGCACGUCAAGACGUAAGAGCUCGCAAGCUUCUACAUCGACAGGAAGAAGAAACUCUGCUACGCCAGGUAGUCGUCACGAAACAACGUACCAAGACAACAUACCAAAAACUGUGAUGGAGUUAGCAGUCGAAACCGAGAACCAGACUGGUGCUGCCAAAGUUGGAUCUUCGAUGGCUGCACCCACAAACGACAAGGGCUUGGAUUCGAGGCCUAGCAAUGAUGCCAUCAUUACAAGGCCAUUUUCCAGUAACAAGGACGCCAUCGAGUACAAGACCACUCCAUUCGAUAAUGGAUACGAGUUCCCGCCGAAGCACAAGUGGACCGAGUCGAGCGUAAUAUUCCUCAAGGCAGCUUGGAUCUUCUUUGUUACGCCAAUUGGUUUCUUGGUUGUGGUUUACGGUCUAAACAUCGUUGCUUGGGGUGGAAUGCUGUUCUUACUGUUGUGCAAUGCCUCGCCCGCAAUGUGCAAACCGACCUGCAACGAUAUCAACUCGCCUCGCCGUAUCUGGAUUGAAAUUGACUCUCAGAUUUUGAACGCUCUCUUCUGCGUGACUGGAUUUGGGACAAUCCCUUGGAGAUUCCGUGAUCUCUACUAUCUGAUGCAAUAUCGCAUUCAGAAGAAAGAGGUUGGUCUCCGAAGGUUGGCUGGUAUUAACAGAAGCUGGUUCAGGCUGGCUGGAUCGCAGGAUCUUCCGGUGACUUUAGGACCAGCGGAGGUUGAUAAUGAGCUCUUCAAUUUCCCAGAGAGCAGCAUUCCGUUCCCGGUUUCCAGAAUCCCGGAUGCUCCUCUGACUGGUAUCCGUGCACCACCCACGGCUCUAUGGAAGCUGGACCUUUUCAUCUGGACAAUGGUCUGGAAUACAUUUUUCCAAGCUGUUCUGUCGGGCUUCAUGUGGGGUCUGAAUCGAUACAACCGUCCAUCGUGGAGCACAGGUCUCUUCGUUGCCCUGGCUUGCAUCGUCGCUGCUUCUGGUGGAAUCGUAAGCUUCAUUGAAGGCAAGCAUGUCAAGGCCAUUGAAGGAGUUCCAGUGUCCAAGGCAGAUCAAGAGCGUUUAAGACGUGACCGAGAGCUGGGGAUUCUUCAUUACAACAACAUUAAUGCUGAGAAGCCAAAGGAGAAGAAGGUAAAGGAGGAGGAGGAGAGUGGGCUCCUCAAGCGGAAGCUGAACGGGCAUGAGAAAGCUCCGAUCGAGAGCGCGUUGGAGCAUGGUGCGACUCAAAUUGUCAGGUAG